ACAAUUUCUAUAUAAGAAAUUCUCCUGAAAUUAAUGAUUCAUAUAUAAACUAUUGUACCAAUAAAGAUGAUAUUAUGAAAACUGAUAAAGCAAAUGAAUCAUUACAAAUAGAGUUUGCUACUAAUAAUGAGUCUUCUGAAUAUACAAGACCAAUGUUAAGUCUUAUAAAACAUCUUUUCAAAUACAAAGAAAAGGUACCUAAAUUGGAUAAAGGAAAGCCGAAUAUUAGUGUUCAAUGGGUUGUUAAAUGCAAUCAGGCAUUUAAUAUUGUUAAGGAUGAUAAGCUCAAAGCAAUAUUUACUUACUUAGAACCACAAGCGACUACACCUUCUGCAGAUUCUAUAAAAUAA